AUGCCUGAUGAUUACCUGCUAAUCGACAUUUUUAUAAUACGAAGCGUUGUUGAAGUUGAUAACGUUAUCCUAUUAUCAACCCGAACAGAUGAAAAUAUCGAAUUAAAACGAAAUGUCAUCGAUCAUUGUUUAAAUAAUGGAACAAAAUAUAAUUUCGAAACACUCAAAAAGCUUGUUAUAGAACCAGCUGAAAUUCUACAUUGGAGCUCAAGCAUCGAAUUAGUUGAUCGCUAUGCGGCAUAUCUCGAAAGCUACGAUCGAAACCUGUCUGGAUCAUUCUUAGAAAUGUUUGAAAAAGAUUUUAUAUGCAACUGUACAAAAAGUGGCACAUUCGGUAAAUUUUGUCAGUAUCAAUUUAUAAGUUAUCAUAAUAGUUUUGAAGAAACAAUUGUACAUCAACUCAAGUUGAAAUUUGAAUACUUUGCUGGUAGUCAACAUAUUGGUAAUAGAACAUGUUAUAAAACAUUGACUUGUGAUCAUGGUCUUUUAUGUCUGGAUUGGCGUGAACUAUGUGAUGGUAAACAGCAAUGUAUUGAUGGUAUAGAUGAAAAUAAUUGUGAACUAUUAGAAUAUAAUGAAUGUCAAUCAGAUGAAUAUAGAUGUGCCAAUGGACAAUGUAUCGAUGAAAAGUUUUUCUUAGACGGUCAGUUUGACUGUAUGGAUCGCUCGGAUGAACAAUAUAAAACAUUAUCAAUUAUUUUUAAGUAUAAUUUUGUUUAUUGUGGAUUGAAAUUAGAUUUUAAUUGUGAAGAAGUAAUUAUGCCACGUAAAGACUUUUCAUGUGGUAAUGGUGAAAUUUAUCCCGAUCGUGCUGUAUUGAAAAAAAAGCUUAUUAACGGGGAAUAUUGUUUCAGCUUUAGAGAUAAAAAUUUCAUGUGUGAAUUAGAUAAAUAUAAUCCACUUUGGACAAUGAAUAAUGGUCAAUGUGUUUUUUAUGGUAAAUUAGAAGGUAAUACAACAGAAGAUAUAUGCUUAUUUUUAAUUAAAUGUGGAUUAAUGGGUGGACAAGGAUUAGAAUGCCCAUGCAACGGAAUAAAUUGUGCACCUAUCAUUCGAGAGCAACGUUGUUUAAAUGUUGAUAAUUUAGUUGAAUAUCCUAAGGGAGGCAUAUUUGCUCCAUAUAUUCGCACAUUUUAUGUUCCGGAACAUAUUCAUUCACAUAGACAUCCAGAUUAUGUUAUGUUUACGAAAAGUAUAAAAUGUUCUGGUUUUCAUGUGAAUGCUGUUAAUAGGUCAUACUACAUUCCGUAUGAUGUUGACAGUUUUGAUAGGGGUAAUUGGCGUAUAUUUGAAACAUUAUUUUGUCUUAACAGUACCAGUGAAAAUCAAAAUUUAUCGGGACCGCACUAUGAUUUAUCGUGCCAGAAUAAUUUUCAUCAUCCAACAUUUCAAUGUUCAUAUGGUAAACAUUGUAUAUCAUCAUAUCGAGUAGGAGAUGGUAAUUAUGACUGUUUAACAGCAGUCGAUGAACAAAUAGUAAGUGAACAAUAUCCAAUUUUACCGGUAAAUUGUUCAGUAAUUCAAAAACAUCGUUUUUAUUGUUCAAUAAAUGAACCAAAAUGUUUAUUGAGUACAAAUCUAGGAGAUAAACUUCAACAUUGUACAACAAAUAAUCGUGAUGAAUAUUCUGAUGAAAUGAAAUUACUUUUAUCAAGCGUAUUAUGUUUAAAUAAAAAUUCUAUUGAAUGUGAUAUUGUAAGAAAAUAUAUUGAACAAUCAUCCUGGACAAAUACAACAUCUUACUAUGAAACAAAUACCAGCUCACCAUUGGUAUUCUCAUCAACAAAAACAAUUUUAUUUCGAGAAUAUUGUGAUACAUUUUGGGAUUUAAAAUUAGGAUUUGAUGAAAGUUCUAGUCUAUGUAAAGAUUGGAUAUGUCCACCUAACUAUUAUCAAUGUUUAAAUGGUCAAUGUAUACCGUUAGAUUGGGUAUGUGAAGGUGAAUGGGAUUGUUCAGAUGCAUCGGAUGAAGAAGGCUUAUUCACAAUAACGAAACUUUCAGAACAUAAUUCAAAAAUAAUAAAUUUACUCAAUGCACAAGAAGCAUGUAAAAAAGUACAUAAGAUUCGUCCAUUUUCAAACAUUUGUAAUUUCGAUGAAUAUCCUUGUUUAUUAGCCAAUAUCAAUGAACCACACAAUAUGACAAAUCGUCCAUGUAUAAAUUUGACUAAAAUUGGAGAUGGAAUAAUAGAUUGUUAUGGUGGUUUAGAUGAACGUAAUAUUCUUAGCUGUACAUCACAACAAAUGUUAGGUUUUAACUUUGCAUGUAAAUCAAACAUUAGUAACUUAAGUAGUGAAUUUGAAUCAUGUUUAUUAUAUACUCAACAAUGUAUGCAUCGUUGUUUAAAUGGUGAAGAUAAAGCGUUAUGUUUUUAUUUAAAAAAUAAUUCUCUACUAAUACGUUGUGAUGGGACAUUGCAUGAUACUUCAGAGACACUUUACAGAGAUGUUCAUUGUUUUAAUCAAACAUGUAUACCAAAUGCAAGAUGUAAUGGUAAUAUAGAGUGUGAAAACGGCGAAGACGAAUACUAUUGUAGCUCAAGUACAGCACCAUUAUUUGCAAGAUACAGAAGUUUUGGUAAUAAAAAUAUUAAAACUAUUUUAAAAACAAUUAGUUUACCGUAUUAUCCUAAAAGUAGCAUUGAAACAAUUAUUGAUAAUGAAAACAAAAAUAAUCAUUAUUAUGAUAUAUUAUUUCGUGGCAGAAAACGACUAACUUCGUCCAGAAAUGGGUUAAAUUUUGUGUCUUCAAUGUUAAAAUAUCAAAACAAUAACGUGAAUUUUUCCUAUUUUGAUCCAAAUAAUAUCAAUGAUUUUAUACUCAAUGCAGAAGAAUAUUUACGAUUUAAAUCAAUUGAACCAUGGACAUGUAAUCGUGGAGUAUCAGUAAAGAAAUGGCUAAAUAAUGAUGAAUACGAUAUUGAAUGUUUUUGUCCACCUAGUUAUUAUGGAAGAUUUUGUCAAUAUUUUAGCGAUCGUCUCACAAUUAUUACACAUUUAGAUGGUGUACAACAGUUUUAUUCUAAUAAUGUAGAAAUAUUAAAAAAUAUUACAAUUAAAGUUCUGAUUACAUUUUUAGUUAAUCAAACAACUAUUAUUGAUUAUAAUGAAAUACAUUUUACUCCUGGAUUGAAUGAUUUAGACGAAAAGCAACGAUUUUAUUUUGUUUAUCCAAGACCAAGACUAUUAUCAACGGAAAAACCAUAUUCGGUACGUUUUGAAGCUUUUGAAUUAAAUCAUAAUUCAAGUAUUCGAUUACUAGCCGUUUGGAUUUAUAAAGUUGACUUUAAUUUUUUACCAUCAUUUCGUAUAGCAAAAAUAUUAAAAUUUCAAUUACAACAACAACAACAACAACAAAAUCAUAUUUGUUCAACAAAAUCUCCUUGUAGAAAUAAUGGUACAUGCUAUCGCGUAAUGAAUAUGAUUGAUUUAAGUUCAUACUAUUGUUCAUGUAAUAGUUCUUUCUGUGGUAUAAAUUGUGAGUCUAUUGAUAAUAAUUAUAAUUGUCUUUCUGAUCAUGUUUGUUCAUCAAAUGCUUUAUGUCGACCAUCACGAUUAUGUUUAUGCCCCAUUAAUCGAUUUGGUUCAACUUGCCAUUUAAAACGACAAUGUGAUAUGUUUCAAAAUAAAAAUCCUUGUCUAAAUGGAGGAACAUGCUAUGUAAAGUAUGAACCAGAUGCUCUCAAACAAGAUUAUAUUUGUGUUUGUUUAUCAAAUUAUUUUGGUGACAUUUGUCAAUACACAUCAGUUGUUCUUGAUAUACAAUAUGAAAUUUCAUUUUUUAAUACAACAAUACUUGCGUCAGUAGUUCAACUCCUUAAUUUUGAUAAUACAACAUUAGAUUUAUUAAUACGAAAACAAAAAGUUUAUAAAAAUCAACUAUUAUCAUCAAAUAUUGUUUAUAGCGAACGAUUUAUGCCCGUUCUCGGUUUUCUGAAGAUAUAUCAUAAACAAAUAGAAUCUAUGGUUGAACCAACAGUGGACUACUUUCUUUUAUAUAGUCGCAAAGAAGAAACAAACAUAAAAUUAAAUGUUAGUAUAAAUAUGGAGAACUAUUGUCCACAUACUUAUUCAUUAUUCUUCGAGAAUGUUUCAUCUCUAUCAAGUAGGUCUCACGAAUUUCUUAUAGGCUACCUUUUACGUCCAAUGUCUAUGAAUAGUAUAGCUACCAAUAACUGAAAAACGAAGAGAUAUCUAUGAGCUAGGCUAGGAAAAUGAACAAAGCCAAACGGAGCACCCAGUCAAAAAAAGAUCAGAAGUAGGACUAUGAAGGUGUGCUCAGUUUUCGAAGCACUCCUUUUGGGAAAUGGAGCACUCCUUUUGAAAAAAAGCCACUAAGAGCAUUCUAGAGAACUCUUUUUUUAGAGUAGUCUAGAAUACCUCUCAAAAAAAGAGCGCUUCGGAGCACUCCUUUUUAUAAAGUGCAGCCAAGGCACUGUAGAGCACUUCAAAAAGUGCUCCAUCAUACUCCUUCUCUUGAUAUUUUUUUUUUAAUGGGUAGUGUGAGUCAGUGAGAAUGAUGGGUUAUCAAAUAUACUAUAUGUUUUAAAGAAUGUUUUCCAAUAUUCUUUAAUAGCCAUACUGUAUGUCAGGAAUCUACUUUAACUAGACCGAGUUGGAUCUUGAUGAAACUAUCAGUGGGUAUUAAGUAUAUCAUAGACAGUUGACCGUAAAAAUUUUGAGUUUAUAUUUCAUGUGCUUCGAGAGCAAUGACCAAAAUGGGACUUAUUUUUGGAGUUUUCUUUUUUUCGUCAUAGUAACACAUUUAUCUCAUUCUGCAGACUUUUCUAGAGAUGUUUACUUUUAACUGAUUCUGAAAUGAAAAUCGAAAGUUCAACUUUCUGACGCUGUACCUGCAAGUUUCUUCUACAAAACAAAGCGAUGUCGAAUAUCGAACGGAACAGAAAAUCUUUAAAACACUGAGAAUGACAAAAACGAAAUUCGAUUUUGAGAAAAAAACAAGAAACAAAUUUCCAUGUUUUCUUUAAAAAGACGAUACUUCGAAAAAGGCUGUUUAGGUGAAAUAUAGUUUCAAUUAAGGAACAUCUACCUUUACUAAUCUGUUAAUUAUGUGGAAUAGUCCUUUUAUAACCCUUGAUUGUGUUAAUAAUGCACACACGACCGUAUCUUUGAAAGAUACUUUGUUAUAAAUUUUGGCUAUACAGAACCUAUGAGAUAUUUGUAGACAUAUAUGUGACAUAUUCUACGACAUGAGAACAUCGUUUUUGAUAUUUUGAUUAGAGAUGGGCAUAGGGCUGUGACAGUUACCAGUUACCGUUACCAUCGUUGUCCGUUACUAGAGGCAACGGCAACUGAUA